AUGUUUACAGAGUCCUAUACUUCCAAACAAAAGACCCACUCUGACAUGUUUUCUCAAACAUCAGAAAAUAUUGCACGACCUAAAUUCACGAGAGAACCUUCAUAUUUCGCGUCUGAUCCCAUUCCAACUACCUCAGCUCAAGGUUCAAGUCCUGAACCUGGCCAAGGCUCAAUAAUUCAACACGUAACAUUUGCAAAUCAAGAUACAUUUUUCCCUGUUGAACACUCUAACGAGUCUUCUUUUAGCGUCAUUGAAGACGAGAGUCGUUUAUUUGAACCAACUCCCACCCCUGGUCCCUUUCGCAGUGCAAACGCGUCUCAUAUUAUGGAGAGUCAGGAAACACCAAUUAAAUUCAAAUUUGGUGAUGUUUCCGUUGUAUAUCUUUCCUUUAUUCCUUACCAAAUUCGGGAUAAGUUACCUCAAGUAAUAAAUAAAUCUACUUGCAACGCGGUCUUGAAUUCGAAUAACAAGACGGUUGCACUUGUGACAAAGACUAAAUGUUUUUCCUGGAUAUAUAAACACGAUGAUCGGGAAGAGAAAAUCUUUAAACCAUUCAUGCCACCGACUCUUCGUGAUGAAUUUCCACUACCAAUCGACAACAAUCCUCCACAACAGAGUCAACCACAAAUGGCAAAUCAACCAUUUGUAUGUAUUGUUCCGCCUACUAGGAAUGUACUUACCGCGGGUUUAAUUGCUUGCUCGCCAAAAGGUCAAGUCCGAUAUUGGAGAAAUGUCUUUAACAUCGCUGAAGAUUUAAAACAUUAUCAAAGUUUACAAUUGCCAGUCCAGGGGAAUGAUCAUGGGGUAUAUCUAAAAUUACAUGAGAUCGGAGAAUCCAAAGAUUCUUCAUCUAAUCAAAGUGUUAUAAUAUUUGGAACCAAUAAAUCCGCUUUAUUUCAAAUAUUCAUUCACAACAAUGAUGCAUUUAAUGAUACCUUAUCAUAUUCUAUAUUAUCUCGUCCCUCAAUGUUUUUCUUUGGCAAUAGUGUUCGAUAUGAUCCUACGACUAUAGUUGCGUCUGCUUUGGCAAGACAAUCGGAUUACAUUCAUUCAGACUCACUAUACAUUUUGACUCAAAAUGCUAUUGAGGAGUGGACAUUAAGUGACGUGAAGCGCCCCCUUAAGUAUGUAGGUGGUGAAGAUAUAAUUCAAAUGAUCCUUGAAAGAUUGCCAGAGUAUGAUCAAGGACUUCAGGAUCGAAAUAGGCUUGUCAUAUUGGACAUGGAUGUUAACAAGAAUAGCGAGCUAUUGAUCCUCGUAGCAUUUAUCAAAGAUCAAUCGGAAUGGCAUUAUUAUAUCGUCUUAAUGAUGAAGAUAGAUAAUUCGACCUACCAAAUUAAUGAAGCAAAUCUCUUAAAAAUUCCAGAAUCAAUGACACCUAGCGAUGACGCCCAUCUAAUAAUACCGCAAGGGGGAUUAGCAGUCUUUGUUGUUUUGCCUGACGCAAUUGUGUUCGCGACUAAAAGCAAAGAUUCUAAUGAGUAUGUCAAUAUAGACGCUUUGUACCAACAAACUAUUAUUUUACGAGACAAGAGUAAUAAAAUUAUCGGAUUUGGCACUAAGGAGUCCAAAUCGUGGAUAUCUGAACAAGUGGAUGAUGUUUGUAAAUUGGAUAUCAUCACUACAAAAACAGGUAUUAUGUCUUGCCAAGUAGCCAUUGCAGAUAUUCAGGAAUUUGCUGAGGCAACGCCAAAAAGUGAAGAUGAACACGAAUUUAAGGCUCAAGAAACAGCUAAUUUAAAGAAAAAAAUUGAUGAUUGUAUUACCUUUAUCCUUCAGGAAAAUAGUCCUUUUGUGAUCUACUUGGAGCAUGAUUACACUGGAGAUCUUGAAACUGUGGCCAUCGAGAUUAACCAAGAUAUAUUAGAAUCUCAGUCGAGUCAUAUAACUGAUACGCUUAUACUAAAUAAUCAUCUGAAUUAUCGACUCAAUCGAGCGAUACAUCUUGUCAAAUUCAUAAAGACUUGUGGAUUUUAUCAUAAAAUAAAAGAAGAUACUCGUCAUCGACUAUUUUCUGACGCCGAAAAAUUGGCUUGUGCAAAGCGAAUGUGGGAAUUACAUGAGCACAGAUUGCAGAAACAAGAAUCUGGAUUAUUACAUAUCAAUUUCCUGAGUGAAGCAAUAAAAGAAUAUUUUCGUCAUCACGAAUUUGCAUCCGACGAAGAUAUUAACAGAGUUAAGGACAUUGGCGAAAUCUUCCCGAUAUUAUACAAUCUUGUUGAACAAGAAUUGGAUGAAUAUCGUGAUGAGACAGAAGUUCAGCUGAUCGAAGAAGCGAAUGCUAUUGCCUUGUAUACAAUGAAAGGGGUUUUUGAAUUUCGCAAAGACCUAGGUAUAGAGUAUGAACUUACAGAAAGGGAUAAUAGAUAUUCUUUUACAACUCAAGAAGAAAUCAUAGAAGUCUUUAAUUUUCUAUUUGAUAAAACAAUUUCUUUGGUUGAACAUUAUGAUAUGGCCGGCUUAUCGUCAUUGAAAUCACAAGCUGUACAAUUGGCAAAUAUUUUAUUUGGAAUGAGCACAGAUCGAUUCAUAUUGCAAGUGUAUCGAAACCGAUGGUUGGGAAUAUUGCAAUCGCUGGCUAAAAUUGAUAAAAAAGAGGAGGCUUUUCAAACUGCUGAUACUUAUAAAGAUUUUCAUUCUCUGGCUGUUCUUUGUGUCGAAUCCGAUUCAAAUCCCGAAAACCGUGACGCGUAUAUUCGAAAAUAUAUCAAUGUUCAUGGAGAACAGUUUGCUUACGAACUAUAUAAUUAUUACCUUCAAAAAAAUCGGCUAUAUAGUUUGUUGUUUGAAGAACACGCCAUGGAACACAAAGAAUUACUUCAGAAAUAUUUACACGAGCGAAAUAUCUCGAGAUUGGCUUGGUUGCAUGACAUUGGGAUGGAAAAUUUUCGGGAGGUCGCAGAACGAGCUGCAAGGGCUGCAAGUGUCGAAAAUAAGAUUGAGAAAAAAAAUGUUUUGCUUAGUAUUGCUAAAUUGGCAAUGUUAGAAGCUGAGGAUGAAGAUGCCGAACGAUUUAUUGAUGAAACCGAUUCAAAUCUUUGGUAUAACAAGGGACAAGAGAACAUAUAUGAUAAAUAUAUUACAGAGAUCGGCACAGCGGGCACUUAUAGAGCUGAUUUGGAAACCCAAGCGAAAAGUAUUUUGCAAAAAUUUGCUCCAAGUUUACCCCAAGAGAAACCAACAUUUGCCAAGGUUUUCUUGCACUUGGUUAAACAAGUACUAAACAAAAAAUUACUGAAGCCAUACGAUUUUGUGGAUCUUCUCACGCUUCCUGAUAUUGUGGAGACCGAGCAUUUUGUGCAUGCUAUUCAAAUAGUAGAUUAUGAUAACAAGUCCCGAUUCUCUGUGGAUUCGACAUAUAAAAUCGUGAUAGGAACCAUAUGGCGUAGAAUUUAUUUACACGAUGGUGAUCACUGGAAAACCUUAACGAAUACCAACAGUUUGUCAGAUUAUGAGAUUAUAGAACAACUUAGACAGACAGCAACAUACAAGACUAUAGAAAGUUUAAUUCAAUUUCGCGAGGAUGUUGAUUGGCACGACUAUUUUUGUCGGCUCGGAGAUGCAAUGUUCCCUUGUUCUACUACUCUAAAUUUAUCCAGACUUUUCCCAGAAGCAGAUGAAGAAUUUUUAAGUUCCUUACUCAUUGAUUAUGAUCAUGAGAAUAAGAGCUUACAAGAUUAUAUAGAGACGACACGAAUCGAAGAUAAUUCUAUGCCACGAGUUAACGGGCCCCCAAGCUGGGGCGGGGUCGAGCUCGGCUCGACCUCCAUCCUUACAGGACCCCGGAUCGCCGGAUCCCCCGGACGGGAGAGUUACGGUAUACAACAGUAG